UUUGUCCUCUAUAGCUUCCUCUGUUCUCCUCUGUUUCCUCACACUUCUUUCUCUUUCUUUUCUUUAAUCGUCUGUGGUUUUUUUGUCCCACUGUGCUUUGCCUUGUUCUGUGCAUGCAUCUAGUUAAGCUUUCCUCCUCUUUCUCUUCUAUAUUUCUGUCUGUUUGAACCUCAAAGUCUUACGAUAAAUCUAGAAAUGUAGAUAAGAAAUGAAAAUGUGAUCAUUGUAGUUCCACUCAGUGUGUUCGUACCUGAAUGUGUGUGUGUUUCAGACAUGGAGAUCUACUGGAGAUUUGUGUUGCUGUGCAUUAUGCUGGUAGCAAAUGUGACACCGGUGUCUGCAGCAGCACAGCCGGGUUUCAUAGAGAGCCUCCUAAUGGCGACCCACCAGCGUCCCUGGCUCUGGGGCCUCUAUGUCUUCUCUGUUGGUCUUCCCAUCAUUCUUUUCAUUAGCUUCAUGUGGCCCGACAAGCGGUUUGGACCCCCUGAUCAGCCAUAUUACUAUAAGAAGUCUGAUGAUGUUCAACAAGAUGAUCCUGAGGUCUCACUGCGGACACAGUCCAUCAACACCAAAGAAAGAAGACCAACUCCCCAUGCCCCGCAUAAAAACAAUAACACGGUUUACUCUGAAGAAAAGGCUGACGGAGCUGUAACAAGAAGAAGAGACACUCAUGGUAUUCCGAGGAAGUCUGACUUAAACCAGAAGGAUCAUUGAUCGGUGCAAUGACCUCGGGAGAGGAAUGCUCAACCAUCACGCAAGAGGGAGCAUUGUGCACGGACCGAACAUAUCUUUGGCCCGUUGAGAUGAUGGCUGGAAGAAACCACAGACUGAAAACACAACACAGUCUGAGCAGGGACUUUAACAUGGUUUAGCUUAACUAACAAAAUCAUAUUAGCUUAUGAUUAUUAUAUAUUUCAUUUGGACUUAGAACCAUGCCUCAGCUUUUCUAACGGCCGUGUCAUCAGGUCAGUUGG